UGGUGGCUGGCACCCAUAUAUUAGAAAGUGUCAAAGAACUCAAUUAUAGUGACUUUAUUGCUAACAAAUGCAUUUUCACAAGCAUUUGGACAUGAAACAUGUUCUUCCCAUUUGUGAAAUGAGUGACGCAUAUGCCCUUUAGCUAUAUGGAUCCUACUUCUGCAUGCUCGGAAGCUGCGGGCCUGGCAGUCAUCUGUCAUUUGCUCUUCCUGUGUGCUUCUUCAGUCUGUCUGACAUCUCUAAGCAAACAGAGGCCAAUACACAAUCACAGGCAGGGCCUUGUGGGGAGCCAGUGAGAGCGGCCCUCUUGUAAUGUUUGUGUGACAAAAAAGGCAAGGCAAAUCCUCGCAAUGGAAUCAGAUAAUCACCAACCUGUGAAGAGGCUGCCCCAAUCCACAUCCCUCGCCGGCCCCCCGGCUCUUGGAUUAACUGUCUGUUUGGCUAAAUAUUUUAAUCUGCCAGGGAGAGGACCAAGAAUGGGGUGACAGGGCUCGGAAUAAACAUCUAAUCCUAAAGCCCUUCCCUCCCUCGCUGCCUUGCAUUUCCUCCUGUGGGGAAAACCUCAAUUGAACGCUUGCAUGCUGGGGACAGACCGGAUGACUCAAUCUGCGUCCGCUUGUUCGAUGCUGGACGGAACAACGGCUCUUCAGACAGCCAGAAAUAAAAUCGGUGUGACAGACUGCUGCCAGACUGUCCCAGGCCUUACAUCGUCCAGUGGAAUGUACACAUUAGAGUGUGGGGUGUGUGUACAGACAAGGGUGCUAUAGUGAAGAGGGGGCACGCCGGGUUCACAGGGUCAAGCGAUGUCUGUCUGGGACGCAUCUGGAGCAGACAGACAAUGAGAACAACUAUCCAGCCAUCCAUUCUGUGGCGCGUAGCCUCACCAGGAUUGUGCUUAUCCCAACUUUAUUUGGGCAUACACCCUGCACUGGUCACCAGCCAAUCACUGGGCACAUAUGCUGGAGAACUAGACAACCACGCACACUGAGUGGGACUUUAACCCACGCUGCCUGUGUAAGAAAGUCGGGUUGAGUGAACCACUACACCAUCUGUGAGUGACCUUUAAAUGAAAACCCAAGCAUCAAACUAAAUUUUGGUUGCACAUGAUGAAAAUGUGGUAAAGUGAUGUAUUUUCACCCACCCUUUCCUAAAAAUCUAAACAAAUAAUGUAUGUUAGUUUAACACAUUUUAAUCAUGUGCGACAGAUGUACAUGUUCGAAUUGAGCAAAUUCAAAGAUGUUUUUUUUUUUUUGUGUAUUGCAUGGUUGUGGAGAUCCUUCUCUCCCAAUCGACCUAUCAACAAUCAAACACAAUGCUGGAAAAAUCGGCAUUGAUGACUUUUUACUGAACAUCAGAACAACAGAAGAUAUAUAUAAUAGUAAGUAGCAGGAGAUUUUAAAAGACAAGAACAUCAAUAGAUGUCAUUGUUCAGCACGUUCAAGGGCAGUAGGAAGAAAAGAAAAACAAUACAGUUUUCACUUUUGUCACGUUUAUAAAAAAGGAGAAUUUUCAUAAAAUGUAUCUAAAAAAAAAAGAAAAAACACACCCCUCUACACACAUGUGCAGAUAAUCUUAUGGUUGAGCUAAACCCCUAUUUGUACACAUACACGUAUGUACAUAUGCAAACCUACUCAUAUAGUGUACAUAACACUACAUUUUAAAAAGCAUGAUUUAGACGUUACUAUACUUCAAGCUGAUAGUCAUUGUCAUGUUUCUGAUCAUGUGCAAAAGUCAACUACUCCGGUAGUUAUUAUUUCCCCCAGCUGCAAUAUUGUCAAAUGUCAAUUAUGAUGCAGGAAAAAUGCAUGUGUAAUAAUGCCUGCAAGGACAGGAAUUAUGGCUCCAAAACAACGUCACCAGUUUUGAGGUGGGUCCAAAUGUGUUGAUUUACCUUCAGACUGACAUCAAAUGCAACAGAGGGGAGAAAUUGCACCCACUCACGAGUGAUGGCACUGGAGUCUAAUUGUUGCUGUUUGAAGUAUGGCCACUUAGAUAUCCUGUUUGGGAUGGGGCCUUGCAUUGUCGCACCUUUGUUCUGAUAAGGCUCCCUGCCCCCAUGGACAAAGUGUGAACGGCUGCAUGGGAGGUAUAAAAAAGGGGCCCGGGGGGCCACUGGCCAUCUCUGGCUCGACUCCUGCUACUGUGCGGCUUGCUUAUCAGACUUUUUCUUCCAAGAGCUUCCUCAUGGAUUUCCUCCGCGCGUGUGUCCUGUGCGUCGCCGUCUUCCUCGGCUUGACCGAGGCUUUGACGCAUCGGGAUAUGAAGGAGGCGCUUCUGCGCCAACUGGGCCUGGACGAGGUUCCGAAGAUCCACAAGAGGGAUUUGGAGAACUUGGUCGUCCCGGCUCAUGUUCGAAAUAAAUACUCGUCAAUGCUGAAGAUGCACCACCGCAGGAGACGCCGCUCUCUGCCGAGCCUGGCUGGCAUUUUGAGGGGAAUCCCCGGCACCGCUGACAUUUCCGGCGAGUACGUGUACUCCGACGCCACUCGGCAUCGCGUGCUGUUCGACAUGGAGGCGAGGAUACCGGAGAACAGCGAGGUGACCAUGGCCGAGCUCAAACUCUACCAAAGGGCGUCGUUCCACAAACGCCUCGCGGCGGAGAGGAAGAGCCACCGGCCCGUCGGCAACGCCAGAGUCAGCGUCUACUGGGUCGAGGGGCUUCCGAACGGAUCCAACCGCACCUCGCUGGUGGACUCGCGGUUGAUCCCCGUUCGCGAAACGGGCUGGAAGAGCUUUGAUGUGACCCAGGCCGUGCACUAUUGGUCCAAGACUCCGCAGAAGACGCCCACGAUGCACCUGGAGGUGUGGAUCGAGGGCGAGAGACCUGGCAGCUACGCUGCGGAGGUGGCCAAAAGUGUGCGCUUUACCACCCAGGAGCAGACGGACAACACCUUGGGCAAACCCGAGCUCGUCCUCUACACACUCAACCUCGAAGAAUACGGCUCCCGUGGCGACUGUGACAUCAGCCAGAGCAAAGGCACCUGUUGCAGGGAGCAGUACUUCAUCGACUUCCGCGCCCUCACGUGGACGCAGUACUGGAUCAUCGAGCCAGCGGGGUACCAGGCCUUCAGGUGCACCGGAGGCUGCAGGCAGCCCAAGCGGAACUACGGCUACGGGGAGAGGCGGUGCACGGUGUCGGAAAGCGCACCCUUGCCCAUCAUGUACCUGGUAAAGAAGGGCGACUACACUGAGAUUGAAGUGGCGGAGUUUCCCAACAUGAUCGUGGAGAGGUGCGCGUGCACCAUGGACAAUGUCUCCAUUGUGUGAAGUCAACCUCAUGGAAACAGCUUGGGAAUAAUAUAGUGCUGUUUCAUGGUCUAUUUAAGAGGUUAUAACAAGUACUUCCUAUUUAAACGGACAAUCGCAUGGGAGCUACAACACACUCCUCUCAA